AAAGUAAGGCACUGAAACUUUGCAAAUUAUUACGCUCUACGUGAGAUUCAUGGAGGUCGCUUAUUGCAUACAAAUCACGCCAAAUGCUUUAACUUUUCUGCUUGGCUUUAGGUCAGAAGAACAAAAGCAACAAAUUCGCCUUUUGUAGAAAAACAUUCUGUCAGGCAAUAAAUCUACGGGGAGAUUUUUCCCUAUGAAACUGAGCCAAAAGUGUUAUAUAGUAUCUAAAUAUGGAAGUGUUGUGCAUGUUAAACGUGAUAGUCGUUGCAUUACUUUCACUUUUUUACUACUGAAAUAAAGAUAUACUGAUUAUUUUGUAGAUUGGAAAACCCUCCUUGUGAUCAUGAAAAGGAGCAAAAACUGGAAAACGAGAAAGAACUGGAAAAGAAGCGAGAACCCGAAAAGAUGCAAAAACUGGAAAAGAAUCAAGAACUGGAUAAAAAGGAAGAACAUGAAAAGAAGGAGAAACUGGAAAAGAAGCAAGAACUGAAAAACAAGAAAAAACUGGAAUUGACACAAAAACUAGAAAAGAAGCAAGAACUGAAAAAGAAGCAAAAGCUGGAAAAGAUACAAAAACUAGAAAAGAAGCAAGAGCAGGAAAAGAUACAAGAAUUAGAAAAGAAGCAAGAACUGAAAAAGAAGCAAGAGCUGAAAAAGAAGCAAAAACUGGAAAAGAAGCAAGAACUGAAAAUGAAACAAGAGCAGAAAAAGAAGCAAAAAUUGGAAAAGAAGGAAGAACUGAAAAACAAACAAAAACUGGAAAAGCAACAGAAACUAGAAAAGAAGCAAGAACUGAAAGAGAAACAAACACUAGAAUGGAUUCAAAAACUAGAAAAGAAAGAAGAACUGAAAAAGAAGAAAAAACGGGAAGAGAUACUAAAACUAGAAAAGAAAGAAGAACUGAAAAUGGAGAAACAACUGAAAGAGAUACAAAAACUAGUAAACAAAGAAGAACUGAAAAGUCAAAAGAAACUGGAAAAAAUGCAAAAACUAAAAAACAAAGAAGAACUGAAAAAGAAGAAGAAACUGGAAAAAAUGCAAAAAACAACAAACAAAGAAGAACUGAAAAAGAAUAAGAAACUGGAAAAAAUGCAAAAACUGGAAAAGAAGCAAGAGCCGGAAAAGAUGCCAGAACUGGAAAAUAUAGACGAGUCAGAAAAGACGCAAUACCUGGAAAAAAAGCAAAAAACGGAAAAGAAUCCUCAUCUGAAAAACAAGCUGGAACCGGAAAAGAACUGUCAAACCCGAAAAGGAAACCGGAUGAACUGCGAAAAGAGCCAGAACUCGAUAACAACUGUAGAACGAUUGAUUUAAUGAUCAAACGAAGCAAGACCCGGAAAAGAAAAAUAGAACAAAUAAAUCAUACACCUGCUUC